CUAUAUUACCUUUUUUUUUCAGCAUAAACCCUAGUUGAAUUUGUGAAGAAAAAUUGAGAAAAAUUAAAUUUUGGGCAAAUCCCAGAUAAGAAGAUUUGAAAAAAGAUGGUGGGUACAAAUUUGAAAGCAGAAACUAUGAAGUUAAUGGAUGAAAGAACUAAUACUGAAGCUGAGAUGGAUGUUGUUAUUCAGCGACUUUGCCAACCUGGUGGUCCUGGACUUUCAGGGAAUCUAGUUGAUUCUGAGGGGUUCCCAAGAACUGAUAUUGAUAUUCCCUCUGUGCGUGCUGACCGGCGUAGGCUAGCUGCUAUGGUGAUUGGGACCAGCUUGAAUGAACCUCAACUAAUCCAGUGGAUACCUUCUAACUUUGACCGGCAGAGGUAUCCUGAGCUGCGUAAUGAUCACAAGAUUAUAACAGAAAAAAUAGACCAAAAUAUUCAAGUUUUGCAUUCGGCACGGCUUGCUUCUUCACUUUCUUCUGUCAAAGAUUCAGGUGUUCAAGGAUCUGCUGUCAAUAUUGGUUCCUCAUCAUCUCCAGGCAAUUACUCUGUGACAGCUGCUACAAGUGCCGCCAUGGACAUAGAUGUAGUUUUCAGCAGACCCUUUGCAGUGAUUGAUGAAAUAACCGAGGCAUCUCCAGCUGCAGAGGACGGUUUACAACUGGGAGAUCAGGUUGUAAGAUUUGGGAAUGUCCAGUCGGGUGAGAAUCUGUUACAACGCCUUGCUGCUGAAGCACAGUCAAACCAGGGUUGUGUAGUUACCAUGACAGUUCUGAGGCAAGGUGCUAUGACUAACCUACAAGUGACACCACGAGUGUGGCAGGGCCGCGGCCUGCUUGGAUGCAAUUUUCGGAUCUUAUGAUGAGUUAUAUGUCACUAAAGCGUUGAUAUGAAGAAGGAUUCGUCCGCGUCUUCUUAAACCUUCGUGUAUUUUCUGUUGUUCUUUUAUUGAACGAACACAACAUGUUUUCUGGAUUCAUCGAUCGCAAUCAAAUGGAUGUUUAAUAUUUUGCCUCA